AUGUAUGUUGGAUGGACAAGCCGUGUCUUCGUGCCUCAACCCUCAACAAGUCACGAAAUCCCAGUGACACCAGGGACAAGCCGUGUCUUCGUGCCUCAACCCUCAACAAGUCACGAAAUCCCAGUGACACCAGGGACAAGCCGUGUCUUCGUGCCUCAACCCUCAACAAGUCACGAAAUCCCAGUGACACCAGGGACAAGCCGUGUCUUCGCGCCUCAACCCUCAACAAGUCACGAAAUCCCAGUGACACCAGGGACAAGCCGUGUCUUCGUGCCUCAACCCUCAACAAGUCACGAAAUCCCAGUGACACCAGGGACAAGCCGUGUCUUCGCGCCUCAACCCUCAACAAGUCACGAAAUCCCAGUGACACCAGGGACAAGCCGUGUCUUCGUGCCUCAACCCUCAACAAGUCACGAAAUCCCAGUGACACCAGGGACAAGCCGUGUCUUCGUGCCUCAACCCUCAACAAGUCACGAAAUCCCAGUGACACCAGGGACAAGCCGUGUCUUCGCGCCUCAACCCUCAACAAGUCACGAAAUCCCAGUGGUAAGAAACUUGGGAUGCUCAAAAAUGUUUCAGAGACACCAGGGACAAGCCGUGUCUUCGUGCCUCAACCCUCAACAAGUCACGAAAUCCCAGUGGUAA